AUGUCAGCUCUCAAAGGCGCUGCGCCAAUCUACUUCGGCCCAUUUGUGGUCACACCACAGGUCUUCCACACAACUCCCUUAACCUUCGCCCUGGUAAACCUGAAACCAAUCCUCCCAGGACACGUCCUAGUCUCCCCCCGGCGCAUCGUCCCCCGCGUCACAGACCUCACCCCCGCCGAAACAAGCGAUCUCUUCCUAACAGUGCGGCGAGUGGGUCGCAUGGUAGAGCGCGUAUACGGUGCUACGAGCUUGAACAUCGCCGUUCAGGACGGCGUGCAUGCCGGCCAGAGCGUACCACAUGUUCAUGCGCAUAUCAUCCCCCGCAAGGCGGCAGAUCUAGAUCACGCCGGUGGUACGGAUGCGGUUUACGAUUUGCUUGAUGGGGAAGAAGGGGAUUUGGGGAAAGUGUUCAAGACUGCCCUUCCUACAGAAAGCGGCGGUCAGUCAACUGAGGAUAUGAUUAAAAAUGCUGCGAAUCCAGGGAGGAGGUCUAAGUUCCCAGCUGUGGAUAAUGAUGCGCGCAAGCCUCGUGAUGAAGAGGAUAUGAAGGCCGAGGCUGAGAUGUUGGCGCGGGAGAUGGAGAAUGAGCCUCUUGAUUAA